CCUCCAUCAACACCCAGGCAGGGCGCAGCAGCACCUCACACGCAACCACCUACAAAGUACAACCAAAACGGUACAGGCACAGAGACGAAGCAGAGAGGCAUAGAGAGCGCAAAGACCUAUCAGAUUCGUUCGUUCACGCCGCCUUCACGUCCACCUCCCCCGCGCGAGAAGGGCAAGAACCAAAGAACCAAGGAAACGCAAAACAAAGACAGACACAGCGAGCCAGCCGCCCGUCGCAGCCAGCCGCCCGCGCAAACAAUGUCCGCGACGACAAACCCCGACCCGGGCCAGGGCGCCCCGGCCUUCAUCCCCCUCGAGGCCAACCCGCAGCUCAUGACGACGCUCGCGCACCGGCUGGGCGUGUCCCCCGCGCUCGCGCUGCACGACGUCUACUCCCUCACGGACCCGGACCUGCUGGCCUUCAUCCCGCGGCCCGCCCUCGCCCUGCUGCUCGUCUUCCCCGUCAGCGCCGCGUACGAGAGCCACCGCAUGGCCGAGGACGCCAUCGCCGACGACUACGCGGGCAGGGGCGACGGCGAGCCCGUCGUCUGGUGGAGGCAGACCAUACGCAACGCCUGCGGCAUGAUGGGCCUGCUGCACGCCGUGUCCAACGGGCCCGCGCGCGACUUUAUCGAGCAAGACUCGACCCUCGACAAGCUCCUCCGCGAAUCCAUCCCCCUCGCGCCGCGCGACCGCUCCGCCCUCCUGGAGCGCACCUCGGCCCUCGCCGACGCGCACAAGGAGGCCGCCUCCGCCGGCGACACGCCCGCCCCGGACGCGCACGACGACGUGGACCUGCACUACGUGUGCUUCGCCAAGGGCGCCGACGGCGCGCUCUGGGAGCUCGACGGCCGCCGCAAGGGCCCCAUCCGCAGGGGCGAGCUCGACAAGGGCGAGGACGUGCUGAGCCCCCGGGGCCUGAGCCUCGGCCCGCUCAAGUUCCUCGAGCGCGAGGGCGGCGACCUGCGCUUCAGCGCCGUGGCGCUCGCCGGUGCCUUGGACUAAAAACGAGGUGGAGGUUGGGGGAUGGAGAUGAGGGUGGAGGUGGAGGGAGGGGCCGCUUGGUUGGGCCGGAAGGGCGCAACGCUUCUGACGAAGGAGACAGCAGGUGGAAACCCAUGGCCGAUCAAGGAAGACUAUAUUAUUUAUACCUGUACAGUGAGCCUCACGAGAAGGCGCGUUAUAUACGUCGCGGAAAGGUGUGAGGGGUAUCGUAUAGACUUGUGGGUAUUCUCGUCUCUCCCGGGGCGCAACUCUCUCUUUCUCUCCGAAACCGUGGGCGG